GGCUUGCUCGGCCGGCAGGGAGAGCGGAGCAGGCGCGCGGCCCGGCAGAGCAGCCGACUCUGGAGCAGCCGGAGCUGGAGGAGGAGGAGGAGGAGCGGCGGCGGGGAAGGAGGAGGAGGUGGAGAGUCGCUCCCGCCGGCUGAGCAUGGGGCGCCCGGCGCCGAGGCCCCUGCUGCUGGCGCUCCUGUCGCUGGCUGUUUGCCGUGGCCGUGUGGUGAGAGUCCCUGUGGGCAGCCUGGUUCGCGUGGUGGGCACCGAACUGGUGAUCCCCUGUAACGUCAGUGACUAUGAUGGCCCCAGUGAGCAAAACUUUGACUGGAGCUUCUCAUCUUCGGGGAGCAGCUUUGUGGAGCUCGCCAGCACCUGGGAAGUGGGCUUCCCAGCACAGCUGUACCGGGAGCGGCUGCAGCGGGGCGACAUCCUGUUGAGGAGAACCGCCAAUGAUGCUGUGGAACUGCACAUAAAGAACGUCCAGCCCUCAGACCAGGGCCACUACAAGUGCUCAACCCCGAGCACAGAUGCCACCGUCCAGGGCAACUAUGAGGAUACAGUGCAGGUUAAAGUGCUGGCAGAUGCCCUGGUGGUGGGCCCCAGCUCCCGGCCUCCUCCAGGCCUGAGCCUGCGUGAGGGGGAGCCUUUUGAGCUUCGAUGUAUCGCGUCUACCACGUCACCGUUGCACACUCACCUGGCCCUUCGGUGGGAGCUACACCGCGGCCCAGUGCACCGCAGCAUCAUAGCCCUAAGCCACGAGGGCAGGUUUCACCCAGGCCCUGGCUAUGAGCAGCGCUACCACAGUGGCGAUGUACGCCUGGACACCGUGGGCAGCGACGCCUACCGCCUCUCUGUGGCCCGGGCGCUCUCUGCAGACCAGGGUUCCUACCGGUGUGUGGUCAGCGAGUGGAUCACAGAGCGAGGCAGCUGGCAGGAAAUCCAGGAAAAAGCUGUGGAAGUGGUUACCGUGGUGAUCCAGCCGACAGCUCUGCAGUUGGUUGUGCCCAGGACAGUGUCUGUGACUGAAGGAAAGGACCUGGACCUUUCUUGCAACAUCACAACAGACCGCGUGGAUGAUGUCCGACCCGAGGUGACAUGGUACUUCAAAAAGACACCCGAUGCCUCCUUGCUUGCCUCCCACAUGCUGGCUCGGCUGGACCGUGACUCCCUGGUACACAGUUCACCACACGUUGCUCUCAGCCAUGUGGAUACCCGCUCCUACCAUCUACUGGUGCGAGAUGCUAGCAAAGAAAACUCUGGGUACUACCUUUGCCUUGUGGCCCUCUGGGCUCCUGGACACAACAGGAGCUGGCACAAGGUGGCAGAGGCCAUGUCUGCCCCGUCUGGUGUAAGCGUGACCUGGCUAGAGCCAGAAUACCAGGUCUACUUGAAUGCAUCUAAGGUCCCUGGAUUUUCGGACGACCCCACAGAACUGCAAUGCCGGGUGGUGGACAUGAAGCGCGUGGAGGCUGGCGUCCGACUUACCGUGUCUUGGUACUACCGAAUGAACCGUCGCAGUGACGAUGUGGUGGCCAGUGAGCUUCUUGCAGUCAUGGACGGGGACUGGACUCUGAGAUACGGAGAGAGGAGCAAGCAGCGGGCCCAGGGUGGAGAGUUUAUUUUUUCUAAGGAGCACACAGACACAUUCAGUUUCCGGAUCCAAAGGACUACAGAGGAAGACAGGGGCAAUUAUUACUGUGUUGUGUCUGCCUGGACCAGGCAGAGAAACAACACCUGGGUAAAAAGUAAGGACGUCUUCUCCAAGCCUGUCAACAUAUUCUGGGCCUCAGAAGAUUCUGUGCUCGUGGUAAAGGCACGACAGCCAAAGCCCUUCUUUGCUGCAGGGAAUACAUUUGAGAUGACUUGCAAAGUGUCUUCCAAGAAUAUUAAGUCACCACGCUACUCUGUUCUCAUCACGGCCGAGAAGCCUGUUGGGGACCUCUCCAGUCCCAAUGAAACCAAGUACAUCAUCUCCCUGGACCAGGAUUCCGUGGUGAAGCUGGAGAACUGGACCGACGCCUCGAGGGUGGAUGGCGUCGUGCUAGAGAAGGUCCAAGAGGAUGAGUUUCGAUACCGAAUGUACCAGACUCAGGUCUCUGAUGCAGGCCUAUACCGCUGCGUGGUGACAGCCUGGUCUCCGAUUGGGGGUAGCUUGUGGCGAGAAGCAGCGACUAGUCUCUCCAAUCCAAUUGAGAUUGACUUCCAAACCUCAGGUCCCAUAUUUAAUGCCUCUGUGCACUCAGACACGCCGUCAGUCACCCGGGGAGAUCUCAUCAAAUUGUUCUGUAUUGUCACUCUGGAAGGAGCAGUGCUGGAUCCAGAUGACAUGGCCUUCGAUGUAUCCUGGUUUGCAGUACACUCCUUUGGCUUGGACAAGGAUCCCGUCCUCCUAUCCUCCCUGGACCGGAAGGGAGUCGUGACUACAGGCCAGAGGGACUGGAAGAGUACUCUCAGCCUGGAGCGAGUGAGCGUGCUGGAAUUCCUGCUGCAAGUGCACGGCUCUGAGGACCAGGACUUUGGCAACUACUACUGUUCUGUGACUCCGUGGGUGAGGUCACCGACAGGUUCCUGGCAGAGGGAGGCCGAGAUCCACUCCAGGCCCAUCUUUAUAACUGUGAAGAUGGAUGUGCUGAAUGCCUUCAAGUACCCGCUGCUGAUCGGCGUGGGCCUGUCUACAGUCAUCGGGCUCCUGUCCUGCCUCAUCGGGUACUGCAGUUCCCAUUGGUGCUGUAAGAAGGAGGUGCGGGAGACGCGUCGGGAACGCCGCAGGCUCAUGUCCAUGGAGAUGGACUAAGCGGCAGCGAAGACAGGGACAGAGGAACAUUGUAGGAAUGGUGGGGGGGUGAGAAGAGGACCAGUGAUAUUUUCAGACAAAGUGUGUUACACUAAAACCAGUCCUCUCUAAUCUCAGGUGGGACUUGGCGCUCUCUCUUUUCUGCAUGUCAAGUUCUGAGCGCGGACAUGUUUACCAGCACACGGCUCUUCUUCCCACGGCACUUUCUGACAUGUAACAAUCGAGUGUGUGUUUCCCCAGCUGCAGCUUUUUAAUGGUUAACCCUGGUCUAAUUAGUUUUCUCCUAGCGGCUUAUUGACCCUCUGAUUUGUGUGUGUUGAUCACUUUUGAUUUGAGGGAUUGCGGUGAGGAAGGGUGAAGGCGUUCAGAGUUGGUCAUCAUGGGUGAGAGGGUACCUGCCCACCUGAGAGCCAGCGUCCACGAGGGACUGGCAUCUGUAGAGU